UGCUUGUCCUCUGUGUCUGUACUACCAAUGUCACACAGUGCAUCCGAGUCUUAGUACAUUCGUCUUGUAUUGAAGGACAUGAAACCCUUGAUAUGAGCGCCCAUCACCUUGCAAGUCCAAAUUGAUUCCAAUAUGUUUCGAGUGGUUAUACGCCCUAGGAUUUGUCGCAGUGCCGCGUCACAUAAGCCGCGUUAAUAUCGCGUCAAGACCGCGUCAAUUUCACCGAAUCCAGCUUGCGAGUACAAAUUGGUGGACACGUUUCAAGCGUCAAGUCCGUAGAGGAGCACAACUCUGGUCACUAUCUCGUUCUCGGCCUUUCCUUCAUCCUUGGAUUCGUUGUGAAUGCUUCAAGUUGCCUUGACGAGUCAUGUUCGUCGAGUGAUAGUAUGCCCCGUUCUGCCUUGGCUUCUUCAAAUACUUGCUAAGUUACUUGCAGUUGCAGCGUUUCAACACGCUGGAAUUCAACUUCUUCGGCUGGUCUCUGCGGUAUCCUAUACACCCUGGUGUUACAUAGUGCAUCUGGAGUCACUUUUGGAUGUGAGAGAGGGGGAGGUGUUCAUGGUUGACUGAACGACCAGCACUUUCUUUAGGGCCGACUAUCUGCGUUAUCCUCAAUGUAUGAAGUGCAUGUUUAGAGGUCUUUGGACGGGUUGUCAAGUUGUCAACUGCUUCUUUGCUUUGCUGACUCGUUCCUCCGACAUUCGGCAACCAACCAUAAAACUCUUUCCUCUGUCAUUAUGUAUGGUUUUGUUCACUUACUAAUUACAAGUUCCUGCUAUACUGGUCU